AUGGAACAAAAUGCCAAUGAUCCCUUCGCCUCGGAAAAUAGUGGUACGGCCCGUUUUAUAGGCGGCGGUGCGGCCACAGACCACUCCCUAGACAAUGGCUUGCCUGGAAGUUCCGGAGGCCUGGGCGCCAAUACAGCUGGUACUGUAAGCGCCUCACAUGAAUUUCAAACAAUAAAACCCGGCCUAAGCAGUGGCCUAAAACCAGCCGGACGAACGGAAAUUCCACACAGUGAAUUGGUCAAGAUGUUAUACUAUUUGGAGGGAGAGCUGCAGGCCCGCGAUGUCGUUAUAGCCGCAUUGCGCAAUGAACGCGUCAAACAAUAUAUCUCCCAGCUAAAAGUGAAACGUCUGCAACCGAACGAUCCUCAUGCAGCAAUAUUUCGUGAUAAAAUUGCCCUCUCCGGCAACCUAAUAUCACGCGAAUCCUCGACCCAGGCGGCACAAGCUGAAAUGGAGGUGCGACAAAUAAUCGAACAACAAAUGGAACAGCAAUAUCAAAUGGUCAGCAAACAACGGGCAACACAUUUGCGAAUGGUUAGCAUCCUCACCGAAUCGUUGGAAAAUAAUCAACGUAUGCUCCAAGAGUUGGAGGAGGAGAAACGUAAACAUGAACAUGACACCGCUCAGGGCGAUGAUAUAACAUACGGUUUAGAGCUGGAACGUACAAAGUUGCGGCAGGAGCUGGAAGAGGAACGUGAGAAGGUGAAAAAGCUUGAGAAGGACUUGAAGAAGCUGCAGGAAACAUUGGAUUUCGAGAGGAAUCGUCAGAAACAAAUUGUGUUGCUGUUGAUUGCCGAACGCAAGAAAAUCAUGAUGAAAUAUAUUGAAGAGGGCAAACGUUCUGAAGAUCUUGCCCAAAUAUUGGCCGAAGAAAAACAACGUUCCGAUACUAUAGCCGAGGGCCUCGAAGAGGAAAGUAAAAAAUCUCUACGCAUGGAAGAGGAAUUGGAGAAGCAACAGGCAGCUUUUGAACAAGAAAGGAAAAUACUUAAAAGUAAUUUGGCCAAAGAAGAAUUGAGGGUCAAAGAAUUGGAACAAGAGCUGCUGGCAUUACGGGCCGAAAAUGAGGCUUUGAAAAAACACCAACAACAAUUGCAACAAAAUGCAGCUUUAGCUGCUGGCAGUACUGCUGCCAAAUCACGGGCUUUUAGUGAAGAUGGAUGUGCCACAUCUAUGGUUAAUAUAGCAAAAAUUGUACAACCCACAGCUACAGUAUCUAGUGUCCCUGUAUCAGGUCCUACCACAGGUAUAGCUCGCUCACUUGCCCCAGGACAAAAUUUACGUACGGGUGUAGCAACAGCUCCUACUAUAACACCUUUACCUCAAAUGGCCACUGUGGUGGUGUCCCAACAACAACAAACGGCCUCACCAGCAACCGCAGCAUCAGCAACACAAGCUGCCGCCGCCGCUGCAGUAGCACCCUUAUCAUCAUUAGCGGCAACAACAACAGCCUCGCCAUCCUCCGCACCGGGUGUUGUGGCUACAGCUGCCGUGGCGCCACCAUCACCCUCACCCAAAAUGCAACCCACAGCCACAAUACAAAGGGCACCUGGUGGUAAAUAUUCAGCAUUGGCAGCUGCAGCUGCUGCCGGUCAUUCGCUGGAUCAAGCUCCUCCACCGCAUCCGGUGCCCAUAGCUGUGCCACCGGUGACAGUGCCACCAUCGGGGGCCCGAGGUGCACCACCACCUAUACCUCCCAAUAAGCCCAUAGUACCACCAAAACGUGAGCCAUCAUUAUCACGUUUGGGUUCCAUUACGGGUGCUGCUGCUGCGGCCGCUGCAGCUGCCAAUGCAAAAAUUAAUUAA